GCGAGACUACAGAGGAGGGAGGAGAGACCGAGAACGGGAGAAGGGCCGCCAUUAUUGGGAAGCUGAAAAAACACAUUAACACACACAUUCACACACGCACCGUCACUGAAUUUCGCCUUUAUGCUGCGAGAAGUCCUUUUUUUCGCUGGAGACCUGCGCUGUUCUCCACAGACCGCGUGUUGACGGCUGAAAGGUGUGAUAAACAUGGACAACUCGAGAUGUUUUGGACACAACAAAGGAAAUUAUAAGUGCUCAAAAACAACGUGGUGAACCCAAGGGAAGACACAACGAUACAAAGCUGUUUUUCCCUCUCUCAAACUCUCUCUCUCUCCUUCAACGCCCCCAACCUUUCCAACAAGAAACAGUGAUCUGAUGUUUCAUUCUGAUUUUUCUUUGAUGCUUUUACUUGUCUUUUGUGCUGCAUUUGGGAAGAGAAACGCAAAUCAGAUUGUUGAAAACUUUCAGAAUACGAUCAGACAUUGAACGAAGAGAUUGUGCUGCGAUCGGACGGCUGAAGAAGGGGAACGCCGAUGUUUAUGGGACUACUGCUGGACUAUUUUUAUUGUUAUUCCUCAUCUUGAUGAAUUUCUGAGCCGGUUACUGCUGCUGCAGAUAAAGGAGUGAAAGAGAAGAGAGAGGGAGGCAUGCUGUGGGUCAGAUCCAGGCUGGGCAAACCUGAAACCUACAAUAUUUCUGUGUCAAAGUGCCCCUGAAGAGAGGAGAUGGGCUGGAAUAUUACCACCUGCAGCACACCUGCCUAAGGGACUCCUCUCCCCCACCCUCAAACCCCAAGCCUCUGCCAAAAUCAUGAAUGGCCAGAUGACUGUGGAUUUAUAGUUUGAUCAAGGGGAUUGGACAUACUGACCCUACAUGGAAAAAAAACCCUAAAGCAACUUUCAGGAUCGUUAGAAAUAAAUUAUUUUCCAGGCCUGAAAUCAUUUGAAUGGAACCUCAGCCCAGCAGCUUUCAAACUAGAGCUUCUGGGAAUGGCAAGAUGAGCGCUGUCAUUCGAUGAUGAUGGCAAAAAAACAAGAUGCACGGGCACCAACCUACAACCUUGUUGUGGUAGGUUUGUCCGGAACUGAAAAGGAGAAGGGGCAAUGUGGGGUAGGCAAGUCCUGCCUUUGUAAUCGCUUUGUUCGCCCCAGUGCUGAUGACUUUUAUUUGGACCACACAUCUGUUUUAAGCACAAGUGACUUUGGUGGUAGAGUGGUAAACAAUGACCACUUCCUGUUUUGGGGCGAGGCGGUACGAAUGUUGGAGGAGGGCGCUGAGUGUCGAAUGCAUGUGGUGGAACAGACGGAGUUUAUUGAUGACCAAACGUUCCAGCCACAUCGAAGUACUGCCUUACAGCCCUAUAUCAAGCGGGCAGCUUCCAACAAACUGGCCUCUGCUGAGAAGCUUAUGUAUUUCUGCACAGAUCAACUUGGACUAGAGCAAGACUUUGAGCAAAAGCAAAUGCCUGAAGGCAAGCUUUUAGUGGAUGGAUUCUUACUCUGUGUAGAUGUGAGCAGGGGUAUGAACCGGAACUUUGAUGACCAGAUGAAGUUCGUCACCAAUCUAUAUAACCAGCUAGCUAAGACCAAGAAGCCAGUUGUACUUGUGUUGAGCAAGUGUGAUGAAGGGGUUGAGCGGUACAUUAAAGACUCUCACACCUUUGCCUUGGCCAAGAAGAAUUUGCAGGUUGUUGAGACUUCAGCACGCUCUAACGUCAAUGUUGACCUUGCUUUCCUUACCUUGGUGCAGUUGAUAGAUAAGAGUAGAGGGAAGCCCAAGAUCAUUCCUUACUUUGAAGCCCUCAAGCAGCAGAGUCAGCAAAUAGCAUCCGCUAAGGACCGCUAUGAGUGGCUGGUUAGCCGCAUUGUGAAGAACCAUAAUGAAACAUGGCCCAACACCAAUCGUAGAAUGCAGACAUCACCUGAAUACAAAGAGUAUGUUUUCCUUGAGGGUACUUCCAAGGCCAAGAAACUAUUCCAGCAACAUGUACACAGACUCAAGCAAGAGCACAUAGAAAAGCGGCGUAAAAUAUAUCUUAGCACACUCCCACAGGCUCUCAACUCAUUGGUUCCAUGCCUGGAAGAGAUUGAUCACCUAAGCUGGUCAGGAGUACAGAAAGUUCUCGAGAAUAAGCGGGAAUUCUCCCACUGGUUUGUCAUAUUGGAUGACACACCAUGGGAAAUAACACCACACAUUGACAACAUGGAGGAUGAACGCAUUCCCCAGGACCUUUUGGAAACCCCUGCAGCAGAGGCAAUCUAUGAGAGUCACUUAGAACACCUGCGCAACGAGCGAAAGAGAGCAGAAAUGCGUUGGGAGUUCAAAGAGAAACUUGCGUCUUCGCCAUUUGUUACACCUGGCAAACCCUGGGAGGAAGCUCGUAGCUUUAUCAUGAACGAGGAGUUUUAUCAGUGGCUGGAGGAGUGUGAGUACCUUGAUAUCUAUAACAAAUACCAGAAGAUUAUUAUUGAUCAAGCCAAAGAGGACUUCCAAGAACUUUUACUGGAGUACUCUGAAUUGUUCUAUGAGCUUGAAGUUGAUGCUAAGCCCAGUAAAGAAAAAAUGGGUGCCAUCCAAGAGGUUCUUGGAGAGGAGCAGAGGUUCAAGGCCCUCCAAAAGCUUCAGGCUGAGAGAGAUGCCCUGGUGCUCAAGCAUAUCCAUUUUGUAUACCACCCAACUAAGGAAACCUGUCCUUGUAGUCCACAUUGUGUGGAUGGCAAAAUUGAGCAACACUUAGCCCUUCGUUUUCCCACUCGAUAUUCCUUUGAUGGGAGCUCAAAAUCACAGUUUGGUGAGGGAAAGGUAGAUAGAAUUAAUCUUGUAAUUCUUGGCAAAGAUGGACUUGCAAGAGAGUUAGCUAAUGAGAUCAGAGCACUGUGCACCAACGAUGAACGGUACGUUCUAGAUGGAAGGACAUAUGAACUGGCUCUUCGACCUAUAGAAGGAAAUGUACGCCUUCCAGUAAACUCCUUCCAUACCCCCACUUUCACCCCACAUGGUUGCAUCUGCCUCUACAACUCAAAGGAAUCCUUAUCCUAUGUUGUUGACAGUAUUGAGAAAUUACGAGAAUCAACCAUAGGCAGAAGGGACACUAAUCUAGGUCAGCUUCCCUUGUCUCUCCUGUUGGUCACCAAAAGAGGUGUUGGUUCAAUUUCUGACAUUGGGGGUGAAACAGCACAAAGCCUCAUCCAACACGGUCAACAAGUGGCUAGCAAAUUUCAGUGCAGUUAUUUAGAGCCUGCUUCCCCAGGUGUGGGCUAUAGUCGCAAUAUAAAUGAAAAACAUUUAAACCAGAUCCUCAAAGGUCUGUUAGACACACGAAGACCGUCAGUUAGUCUUGGCAGUAGCUCCCCACCCUUGUUGCCUGCACUUGCAGGUUUCAGAGACUCUCAGCAGAGCACAGAGGCUGACUUACGAAUUGUAAUGUGUCUAAUGUGUGGAGAUCCUUAUGAUGUUGACCAGCUUCUUUCCCCAUUCUUUCUGCCCCAGCACUGUCGGCCCUCUUCCAAUUUAUCCAGUGGAACAUCAGUUUUGUUGGAUUUAUCUAUUGGUGGCCAAAGGCAAAGCAUUGAUCUUGCUGUUCUAUCUUACCACUCAUCUUUUUCCUUACGUAAAAGCAAAUUGGUGCAUGGUUACAUAGCAGUGUACUCAGCCAAACGGAAGGCUUCCAUGGAAACCCUUUGUGCCUUCCUUUGUGAGGUCCAAGACAUUAUCCCAGUACAGUUGCUUGCUGUUGCAGAGACUCAAUCGGAACUCGCAGACUCUGAGGUUGUCCGAGAGCAGCUUGCCCAAGGGGAGGAACUGGCCCAUGAAAUUGAUGCACGUUUCAGCUCUGUGAUCUGUGGACCUGGUGGUGUGGUGGGAGGCUUGCAUCGGAUAGACCACUUCCAGCCAUUCUUUAAGGAGGUAUUGGAGAAAAAAACCAUUGUAGAGGCAACACAUAUGUAUGACAAUGUUGCAGAGAAUGUCACCAGUGAAAAUGUUUCUUCACCUCGGUGUGGCUCUCCAAGCACCACGUUGCUGGAUUCAGAGGAUGACAUUGAGCCCUCCCCACCUUAUCCCACAUUACGGGAUGAUGGCACCUUGACCCAUGGUGGAGGUUUCAAGCUCCCUGAUUUGGAGGGUGAUGCCUUCUCGCUCAUCUCUGACAUCAACACUUUUGAAAACAAGCUUAACAACAAAGUCCCACCUCAGGUGCGACCAAAGCCCAAUGUCACCUUUGACAUUCCCAAAUCCCAAAACAUCAGUUCAUACAUGGACCUGGGCCUACAUGGACCUAACAGGCGCUCAUUAGUCACCUGGCCACCAGGAACUGAAGGUGGUUAUGAUCCAUCUGACUAUGCUGAGCCCAUGGAUGCAGUAUCAAAGCCUCGUCCCACAGAGGAGGAGAAUAUUUAUUCUGUACCACAUGACAGCACACAGGGCAAGAUCAUCACUAUUCGCAAUGCAAACAAGAGUCAUUCUAAUGGUGCAGGAAAUGGAUCAGACAGCGAGGCUGAUAGCAGUUCAUUAGAGCGUAGACGAAAGCUGUCUGCUCUUGGAGUUAAACCUAGGCUGUAUCGUGAUCGCUCCAAACGACUUGGAAAGUUUAGCAGCUUCCGCACAAGCUUUAUUGGCAGUGAUGAUGAGCUUGGAGGUCUCCCCAAGACUAAAGAGGAUGAGCUUGGUGCACAGAAAGGGGACAGUUCCUUAAAUGAAGAAGGCGAGGACCCAAAGAGGAGGAAUAUAUUGAGAAGUCUUGGUAGAAGAACUACAAAGAAAACGCGGCCAAAGGGUCGUCAGUCAUCAUUGUCCAAACCUCCGGAGAGUAACUACUUUGGAGUUCCCUUGGCCAACGUUGUCUCGGCUGAGCGGCCCAUUCCACUCUUUAUCGAAAAGUGUAUCCGUUACAUUGAGAUUACAGGGUUGAGCACAGAGGGAAUCUACAGGGUUAGUGGAAAUAAGGCGGAGAUGGAAAGCAUGCAGCGGCAGUUUGACCAGGACCCUAACAUUGACCUGAUCGAGAAGGACUUGUCUGUGAACACAGUGGCUGGAGCAAUGAAGAGCUUCUUCUCGGAGCUGCCCGAUCCUCUGGUACCCUACAGUAUGCAGGUGGAGCUGGUGGAGGCCUUCAAAAUCAAUGAUCGAGAGCAUCGUCUCCACACCAUGAAGGACGUGCUCCGCAGAUUCCCUCGAGAAAACUACGACCUCUUCAAAUACGUCAUCACUCACCUGAACAAGGUGAGUCAAAACCACCGCCUGAACCUGAUGACCAGCGAGAAUUUGUCCAUCUGUUUCUGGCCGACGCUAAUGCGGCCCGAUUUCACCACCAUGGACGCGCUGACGGCCACACGCACCUACCAGACAAUCAUCGAGACCUUUAUCCACCAGUGUGCUUUCUUCCUCUACAAUCAAGCCUUGGCCGACACACCCAGCGGCCUCCCCGGACAGCCCGCCUCUCCUAGCACCACCUUGUCUUCUGCCUCGUCCAUACCAAGCUCUGCCUACUCCGCCUGUUACGCCCCACUACACCCCAUAGCUCCACCCUUCAGCCACGGCCAACAGUCCCCGCCUCAUUCCCCACCACACACCCCUCAAUCCCCAAUCCAGAGCCUGCUCCCUCCACUCCACCCGCAUCACACCCCUACGGAACAACACACGCUGUGAACCUGCAGACGAGGAGGAGAACUUGGGGAGCACUGAAUGAGAUUAAUUGAAUGGGAGAAAUUUUCGAGGAGAUUGCACGGCUGUGCCUG